UUGAUUAUAUGAGGCCCUUGGCCGCGACUCGGGACGAAGCGCGUGCCCAGUUGGCUGAGCGUGACACGAGUUGUCAAUUCCCGGAUGGAGAGAAGUAAGGAAUGAGUAUAUGAAGUAAGUAAUGACAAAGUUUUGAUGGACACAUCGCUGUAUUAUUCCUAAACGCAGGCUUCCUGUACUUAAAAAACAAACUAACGACUAAACCAGAACACAAUACGAUAUAGUAAAAAAACAAAUUACCACAAUGGAAGAGUUGGUAGAAGAAUUCUGCAAUAAAUCGACGUCAGAUUUAGACAACUGUACAAGAAAAUACGAAAAAGUGGCGCUUAGUGACGAUUUAACACCGGAAGCUGUACUAGUGCCAUUGGUUUUCUCUGUCAUAUUUUUCUUUGGUAUUGUUGGUAACAUUUUUCUUAUUUGUUCAUUUGUAAAGCACAAAAAGCUUACUGCUGCUCAUAAUAUAUUCGUCAUUAACUUGGCAGUGGGUGACCUGAUGAUGUUGAUGGUAUCACUACCAUUUAAUUCAACAUGGUACACCAUACCGUAUUGGCCGUAUGGAGAAGUCAUUUGCAAGAUGAGCUUUUUUGUGGAGACUCUUGCCACUGCAGUCACUAUAGCGACCAUCACAGUGCUAAGUAUUGAACGGUUUUUGAUCAUUUCCGGGAAAAGAUCAUCGGACAAAAGAAUGUUUGCAAUCGCCAUUGUUGUCUUGAUAUGGACGCUGUCCUUCUACAUUUCGCUACCCGAUCUGAUAUCAGCCUCAACCGUUACAGAAAGUCAUAGUGGCAGAGAAUGGGAAUAUUGCUACACAUUUGCGCCAUCAUGGGGUCCCGUAUACCCAAAAGUUAACACCAUGAUGCGUUUUCUGUUAUUGUUUGUUAUACCACUGUGUAUUAUUUCACCUUUGUAUUUAGCAAUCGCUUACACAAUAUACUUUAAGUCCGUUGCUUCCAAAUACCCUUCAAUGAAAACCCCAUUACGACCAGAUUCCAAUAAUUCUGGAAAUGGGAAACAAGAUAGAGAAUCAUCACAAGACAAAAGGAAGCGAUUGGCUAUAAGUGUAUUGGGUUUGGUCUGGGCAUUUGUUCUAUGCUGGUUACCAAGACAUGUUUAUUUAUUAUGGUUUCAUUUUGACCCGGGUGUCUUUGAUCAUUUCUGGCACGUUUUUAAAAUCUUUGGCUUCUGUCUGAUGUUUGCUAAUUCAGCUGUCAAUCCCAUCGUCUUCUUCAUUCUUGACAAGAAGUUCCGUCAGUAUGUUAACAAGGUUUUAUUUUGUAAAGGAGGGUUUCAUGAAUCUGACAGUCUUCUUCCGCAAGAAGGACAAUCUAUCGCCAUGACAGAAUUACAACAAUGUUCUGCCACUAUAGAGGCUGUAUGAGAUAUUUUUGAGUUUCAGUCACUUUGUUUAAAAUAUGAA